AUGUCGUCUGCUCUUGCUCACUAUGAAUCAUUCCUCGUCAAGAAUGUGUCCACCAUCUCCUCCCUCGAGUCCUCCUUGAGGUCCAUUACGUGGAUUCUGCCCGGCAGGUUCAGGGAUGCGGAACUCGCCUCCGAAGCUUUGUCCGCUGUGCUCAAUGUCACGAGCAUGUACCAUGACACCCUCCUCGCAAAGUUCAUCCAGUCAGACCCAAAGUACAAGUCUCUCAUCCCUCCGUCCCCACACACGCGGUACACCCGCGCGUGGUCUGACAAGAACUCGCAGUACAAAUGGAUUGCGCGCACGUUGCAACUCAUCCGCUUCCUCGAGCUUCUUGUCGAGAUGGGUUUACGAAGGACAGUCUCUCGUCGCAGUCGCUGGCGAGGUAUCGUCCUACUUGAACUUGUCAAAGCAGGCUUGCGGCUUUUCCUCUUGCGCGCCACCAAAAGGCCGCUGCUCUCGCCGCCUAUCCCUGAGCGCGAGAUAGAUCCCUCCUCUUUGCCUCCUGAAUCCGACACGUCAUCCCCUACCCUUGCUCCGUCUUCCCCACCGUCUUCCCUUCCGUCGACCCCAGAACACCUGAAGAACAAUCAUGUUCCUCUUCCAAUCCAUCCUUUAUUUACGCCACCCCCUCCAACUCAGUCCCCGUUGGCUGUCGAGGAUUAUUUGCUGCCAAAAGCUUUGACAACUAUGUCAGUGAAGACACCUACAAUGAUUCUCCACCCGCUAUCGUCUUCGAAGGAGUGGCUUGCAGAGGUAAUAUACAUCCUACGGCCUCUAAUUUACGCUAUUAUGCUGUCUCGAGAUCGCAAGAGCAAUCGACCUCUCAUGACAGCACUCGCGUUGGAGUUUAUCUCACGCAACUUCAGACGCGUGCCUCCACGAUCAGCAUCUCUAGAACGCUCGGAAUACGCGCUGAGAGAUAGGGACAUUCUUUGGUACCUUUUGAGGGGAUCUAUCUGGCAGUCGUGGACACGGCCGAAGCUGGAAGCGAUCGCGCAGGCGACUAGUAACGCCCCAUUAAUAGGUCUCUUCAGUGCAUUCGUGAAGGAUUGGAUACCGUUGAUCGAUGAAUAUUAUUAUUAUACGGCUCCUUAA